AUCUCGCACACUUUCAGUACCAUAUAAAAUACUGAAACGAACAGACGUUUGUUGCCGAACAGCUUUAUAGUGAACAUUAAUUUUCAAUUUCUUUGCAACGUCACUGCGCAUCACUAUCAGCAUCCCCUUUUCUGUAGUGCAAUAAAAGCUACAAGAUAUCAACAAUAUAAAAUCGUUGACCUCGCCAGCCUCCACUAGUCGAGAUUGUGUAACAAUAUUGCCAUUCAUGAAUAGAGAUAAAAAUGUUCAACGUAAACCUAUGUUUUAUCUCUAUUCUGAGAUGCAUUCUAACUCUUCUAAUACUAAAUCAACCUGUCUUUGGUAACCACACAGAGCCAUCCGUCGACGAAACGUCGAACAGAAUAAAAGUAAAUGUGUCUGAAGGGACAUUAGUCGGCAUCGUCGAGGCAAGAGUUUAUGGCAAUUCUUACAAUGCUUUUCGUGGAAUACCAUAUGCUAAACCUCCAGUGGGUGAUCUCAGAUUUCAAGAUCCGCAACCACCAGAACCUUGGUUCGGUGACAGAGACGCUUCGUUUUACAGAAACGUCUCUCUUCAGAACAUAUUCUGGAACUAUACUAUUGGGAACACACACAGGGAGGUAGUCAUUGGCAACGAAGACUGUCUCUAUUUGAACGUGUAUACCAAAGACAUGAUGCCUUUUAAAAAACGCGCUGUGAUGGUGUGGAUACAUGGUGGAGGCUUUUUUGUGGGGGACGGCACCUUGCUCAUUGACGGUCCCGAAUAUAUCAUAAGGAAGGAUGUAGUACUCGUUACCCUGAAUUACAGAUUAGGUGUUCUAGGUUUUCUCAAUUUUUAUACAAAAAUGGCGACGGGAAAUCAGGGAUUAAAAGAUGUAGUUAUGGCGCUAACAUGGGUUCAAAGAAAUAUGUUGCAUUUCGGUGGAGAUCCCGAUAACGUCACAAUUUUUGGUCAAAAUGCGGGUGCAGUGAUGGUUCACUAUCUGACUAUUUCACCGUUAGCUAAAGGUUUAUUUCAUAAAGCAAUAUGUCAAAGUGGCGCCGCGACUGUGCCUUGGGCUUUCACUGAACGAGACGAAGCUAUUAAUAACGGUAUAAUGUUAGCCCAGAAACUUGGUAAUGCGACUUCAGAUUCGGAAAUCGCCUUGCAAUUUCUAAAAAACAUAGACGGAAGAAAAUUGACAGAAAUAAAGGUUGACUUAUUGUUAGAUGGUAUAUAUAAAUUUACGCCGACCGUGGAUUCCGAGUCAUCGAAUCCUUUUUUACCAGAAAAUCCAUUACAAUUAUUACGUAAUGGAAUUACAGUACCAAUCAUAUUCGGAUAUAAUAGCCAGGAAGGCAAUUACUUCAUAAAUUCCUUGUCUUUCCGGGUAAACGAGGAGACUUUAAAGGAAAUUAAUUCUGAUUUCGAGAAAGCCAUAUAUCCUAGAAUUUUGCGUCAAUUACCACAACUAGGGAUCACGGUACCGGAAUUACGAUCACUGUAUUUUGGUAAUGGAACAGUGUCAAAGGAAACUAUAAUGGAUCUUUCUGAUUUUAUCGGCGAUCAGUAUAUCUAUAGAGGCAUUAUGCAAGCAAUUGAUACUCAAAUGAAUUCUAAUGUUGUAAACCAGUCGACCUACUUGUACAGAUUUUCGUACGAAAGUGAAACCUCCCUCUUGAAGAAUCUAUUUAUUGCAUAUUCGCUUCCAGGUACAUCUCACUUUGAGGAACUGGGUUAUUUAUUUUAUCCUCAUGUAAUAGGUCUACGACACUAUGUGAGACCAUUUGCACAUGGUACGCCGGAUUAUAAAAUAAUGGAGUACUUAACACAGAUGUGGACAGAUUUUGCUAAAACGGGAAAUCCAACAUCUUCAGCUAAUUUUACAUGGACUCCAAUAAAAAAUGGUACAAAGUAUGAUUAUUUAGAAAUUGAUAAUGAACCUCAUAUGGAGAUUCUUAUUAAAGAAUACCAACGAUCGAAUUGGGAGAUCAGAGUUCAAUUAUUAAAAGAGUUUUCCAAAUUGGAACAAUUUCCUGGUGCAGAACCAUUCGUUAACCACACGAAUCUUAAAACAGACUUAUAGUUUGAAAUAAAAUAUGAAGAAAUUUAACUAAAACUAUUGAAUAGCUCUGAAGAAAACUUUGUGGUGCAAAAAGCUGACAAACUAACAAAAAACUGACUGUGAGAAACAAUGUGACGUAACAAUGGUGACCAAAGCUAAACCGUUUUCCCAGUUUGGAAUCCUCCUUUUUUUAAACACAUUAUCUGCUCAUUGGAUAUAAAUAUGUACA